GUGUAUUUUUAACACGAUUAAGAUAACACUGAAAUAGCGCUCCCAUGAGAACGAGGACAGCUGGAGCUGUCUCCUGACUGUGGUCCCGAGGGCACAUUGUAUUUUCCUGGCAAAAAGAGGUACCUGUAUUUUACAACAUACCCGACAGGACCACGUGGCUGACCUCAUGAUCACGACCGAACGGUCCGGAAUGUUGGCCAUCUUCUUACUGGGGGCCUGCAUUGGGUCCUCCUUGUCCUCGAUCGUUCCUGUAACCAUUGGCAACCAUUGGAGCGGAGGUUUCCAGGGAAACUUUUGUAUGCCUUUUACCAUUGACGUCACUUCCUGGAAAGCACACUUACAAUUCGACCAGCCUACUACAUCCUUGGAGAUCUGGCUGGCGGACAUAGAGUCCCAGACCUCUGAUGGCCGGGAAUACGUCCUGGUCAACAAGCCCUUCAAUGGGGCCGAACACCCCGGGGACAAACUCUGUGUGACCUUCCUUGGUCACGGCACCGGCGACAUCACUCCUACUGCCAACGUCGUCAUCGAGAACAUGCCCGACCCCACCACGCCUAUACCUACCAGUCCACCUACGACCACGCCCACCACACCCUCCACCACGGUCACAUUCCCUCCUGGAUACACUGGCACCCGAACUCCCCCUACGACAGAAGGUACCACACAAACAACCCAGGAAGGCUUUAACUUAGUGACUGCGCCGGCAGGGGGAGAGGCAAUCAAGGCCGACAUGAAGGUAGCCAAUGAUUGGGGGAACAGGUUCGAGGCCGAGUUUGACUUCCCCCUGACCCAGGAUGUGGAGGGUUGGGAGGCUGUCGUCACGUUCAACCUACCAAUCACCAAGCUGGACCUCCAACAUGCUCGAGUCUUCAAACAGUCAGCUGACGGGAAGACGUGGGUCCUCAUCAAUAUGAUGGACAGCGAGUUCUACGACAAGGGGACAACGCUCAAACUCCGCUUCUUCGGGAACCAUCAGGGCUCGGACAAGGUCACCGGCUCGGCCACGUUCUUCAACAUGGGGGUCGACAAGAACGGCGUCGCCAAGAGAAGGAACACCGACGGCACCAAAUAUAACUACGACGACGUCUUGUACAAGUCCAUCCUGUUCUACGAGGCUCAGAGAUCCGGGAAACUCCCAGCGUCCAACAGGAUCCCCUGGAGAGGGGACUCCGCCCUCGGGGACAAGGGGGCUAACGGGGAGGAUCUCACCGGAGGAUGGUAUGACGCUGGUGACCACGUGAAGUUCAACUUCCCCAUGGCGUACAGCACGACCAUCCUGACCUGGAGUCUGAUACACUGGCGAGAUGCAUACGAGGCGUCCGGCCAGCUGGACAAUAUGUACGACUGCAUCAAGUGGCCCCUGGACUACCUCCUUAAGUGCCACACAGGCAAGGACGAGCUGUAUGUGCAGGUAGGCGAUGGCAACACCGACCAUAACUUCUGGGGAAGGCCAGAAGACAUGACCAUGGCCAGACCAUCCUACAAGAUCGAUGCCAGCAAACCCGGAAGUGACGUAGCUGGGGAAACCGCUGCCGCAAUGGCCGCUGGAUCCAUCGCCUUCGAGACUAAAGACCCCGCCUACUCCCAGAAGUUGCUGAGUCAUGCCACGGAUCUGUACAACUUCGCCAUGAAACACAAGGGGAAGUACAGCUCCAGUGUAGGGGCGGCCUCAAGCUUCUACCCGUCCACCAACACGACGGACGAGCUUGCGUGGGCCGGACUGUGGAUGUACAUGGCCACCAACAACAGCCAGUAUCUCACUGACGCGCAGCAGUUCUACCAGAACGGUGCAUGCUGGGGCAUGUCAUGGGACGACAAACAAGCAGCCAAUCAGUUUCUGUUCUACAAGUUGCUUGGAGACGACAAAUACAAGCAGGACAUCGAGGACACCUUCCAGCACUACUGGUUCCCCGGGCAGGUCAUCAAGUACACACCCAAGGGCUUGGCCUGGCGCCUACAGUGGGGCUCACUCCGAUACGUCUCAAAUAUGGCCCUUGUUGCUUUGAUGGCUGCCGACGAGGGACUUUAUCCCGAUGAGUACCGGAAGUGGGCUGUGUCCCAGAUCCAUUACGCUCUCGGGGACACUGGCUUCAGUUACCUCAUCGGAUAUGGAGACACUGAUUUCCCGCACAGUCCUCAUCACAGAUCUAGCUCCUGUCCGUGGGCACCGGCUCCCUGUGGUCCGUUCGUGAUGUCCAGCCAUAAACAAAAUGUCCAUACGCUGUUCGGAGCUCUGGUAGGAGGGCCUGACGACAGUGACGGCUAUAAGGACGACCGCUCCAACUACGUCAACAACGAGGUGGCCUGUGACUACAACGCCGGCUUCCAAGCAGCCGUUGCAGGUCUCAAGUCUCUCGUCUUUAGAAAACUUCACCCAGAACAGACAUCCGGUGGCUCAGCAUAGAUGUAAGAUCUGAAUAAACCCGCAAAUGUAA